AUGUAUAAGUGUCCCUCUAGAUGUCAGCCUGCUGAAGAUGUUAGGGGCAAUUGCCCAUUACUUCAGGUCGCAUAUAUUCUUGCUGGACUUGCUAUGAUGCUUAAUAUUAGGCUCUCAUAUAGUUCUGCUCCAUAUGCACUUAUUAGAUUCAGAUUACCUGAGAAUCUAUUUAGUGUAUUUGUAAGGAGAAUGGCCAGUUCUUUGGAACUUUGGUGUCUACCAGGUUUCAUCAUUGUUGACAUAAUGGACCUAGCUGUCAAACUAACAAUCAAAGGCAUAGGCAGCACCGGUGAUAACAGCCUCAAAUCAAAACAACUCAAGUUCAACUCCAUCAUUCUUCUUUCCAUAGUUGCUCAAUGGUUAAAUUUUAUCACAUACGUAAUAUUAUUUUUUGUUUAUUUGGCGGGUGGAGACCAUGGUCGUCUAACUACAUUUUAUUGGACUAUUGCUGUAUCUGGAUUUGUUUUUGGUAUAAGUAAUCCUUUGGUCUAUGCUGUUGACUAUAAUCAUGUACCCAUCUAUAUUGUUGGUGAAAAUUGUUUUCCAGCUCUAACCUCAUUCAUGCACUAUAUUACAUCACUCAUGUUUGGUAACCGAAGGAAAUAUGACAGUGACUUUCUAAUUGUAGGAAUUGACAUUAUUGUAGCAAUACUAAUCUCAUUUGUGGCAGCUAUCGUGUGGACAGUUGCCUAUGGAUUCUGCACAGAUGCUGAUCCUAUGUGCGAAAUUACUUAUACUACUGAGGGAGCUAAUUACACUAUUAAGUUCAAAUAUAAGGGUACUGAGACUGAAAAGACUGGUAAACUUACUACUAAUACCCUUACUGGUACCCAAAUUGGUACUACUCCUACUAAAUGGCAAUAUACUGUUAAGGAUACUACGUCUAAUAUCCGUUACACUUUUACACAUACUAAUGGUACGAUUAAUGCUGGUGAUGCUAUAACUGAACAACCUGUUACUAUUCAGUAUGGUCAUGUAUUUGCUGAAGGAUUCUCUGGUACUAAUGCUAAUCCAUAUAUGAUCGCUCCAUUACUUAUUGUCCUAGUCGGUAUGGGUAUAGUUUACGCUAUUUACCCUGGUAUAGCACCUGGUAUGAUUGUACCAUUCUAUCUAAUUGAUAAGAUUGAAAUGGUACUUCUAAUAGCCACCAUAUUUCCACCGGUAAUAGUUGCCAUCCUAAGGAGGACUGCUGGGUGGAAAGAUCCUAGGUCUCCACUAUGUGAAUGGUCCCCUGAUAAUUCAGGAGGUGAUGGUUCAUUCUGGCAUAUCUUUGAUCUUGUGGUUCCUAUUAUGAUCAUUCUAGCCUAUAUAUUCAUUUAUUCACUACAUUAUAGAGACUCCUCACUAUCUAGGUCUAUCGUUAACCAACCUAAGAUGUCUACAGCCUUGAGUAUUACAUUUUAUAUGUGUCAUGAGAUCUCACUAGCUGUGGGAUUCGCUGGUAUGAUAGGUAAUGCAGCUGAAUGGACAGUGUUAGCUCAAAUGAUAGGUGCAUUCCUUAUGGUCUUCCUAGCUCUUUAUUCAGAGGGAUACAUUAUAGAAUAUAAAAGUCAUGAUCCUGCUCAUUGGCCCACAGAAGGUAUGACUAAAUGGAACGCGUUCUGCUAUUGGUGUAAAAGAGCCAGCAAAAUAACUAAUCAUAAUCUUAGAUCAUUGUUUACAACUGAUUUACGUAGAGAUUUACUUUUAUGUAUUCAAAAGAAUGAGUUAAUUUAA